AGACCUAUUCAGAAGAGACCAACGUGGACCUCCCCCCCACGCCCUCCACCAAGAGUGUCCAGAGUUGGGGUGUGGUCCAGGAAGAGGAUGACGACGAGGAGCGUGAUUGGCCAGAGUUGUUGAGUGACAUGUCUGAGGUGGGAGGGGCGGGCCUGGGGGCGGGGCUACCCAAGUUGAAGAGAGGUCAAGGUUCAAGACACCUGGGGGUGGACAUGACCAUUCACCCCGACAAUGACGACCUCACACACCGCAAUAAGUACUUCACAUCCUCAGAUGAAGACCUGAUUAAGCGCAUCCUGGCGGACGGCCAGCUGCAGGUGUCUCAUCUCUGUGACCCCCAACACUUCUUCUCCCAGACAGCAGACAGCGAGACGGCCGACCUGUCCAGUAUCUUUGGUGAUAAGACAGAGGUGGUCCUCCUUCAGAAGAUGAAUGAACCGCUGUCCCUCGGAGCCAUCAAGAGGGAGCCCCCUAGAACAGCCUUCACCUCACGCACAGUUGUAACAGACGUGUGUAGUCCGAGGCGUUUCCCUCCCUGGUGUGGGCAGGCUGCUCUAUGGGGCAGCUGGUCAGGCCUUGUCCUAGCCAAUGGGCUGUCAGUGUGGGCAGGAAGAGGCUUCAGUGAUGCCGUGGCUCUGAUGUGGCUCAUUUCCUGUAUCGGUAGCUUCCUGUCCUCCUGCUUGCUGCUGGAGCCAAUCAAGGUGCUACUAGAAGGCCUGUACUAUGCCCUGUGGGUGAAGAGGCUCCGUCCAGAGGAGCAGGAUGUCCUGGUGGAGUGUCCUCGUGUUGACAGAGUUGUCCAGCGUGUCCCCAGAGUCAGACCACCCCAAGGCUUCGCUCUGUCCCAGGCCAGACAGCAGGCCCGCAAAGUCCACAUGCUGCACAGCAUGCUCAAGAACUUCCUGGUCUACAUGCUCUUCCUGUUGGUGGUGUUGCUGCUCAACUACUCUGACACGACCAAGGACACACACAGCCUGCGACUCCGCACACAGCUACAACUCACACUACACACACCGGACCAGGCCAACAUCAGCAGGCGUGAGGAUGUGUGGGCGUGGCUUUCAGGCUCCCUGUUGCCAAGGUUACUGGAUAGCACCACCCUAAUGCAGGAAACAGGAAGUGUGCUCCUGGGCACGCCCAGACUACGACAGAUACGAGACGUUAGUCUGUUCUCUCCAGGUACCAUCCAUGGGGCAGGAGCAGCAGGCUGGGGAGAGGGGUUGACUGGCUCAGCAGUACACAGGAAGCUGACCCAGAACUGGACCUUACACACGGCUGAUGACAACGGAGCGUGGCGUUGGGGUCAGGUGAUGGUGUACGGGAGCGGAGGUUUCGUCCAACAGCUGAACAGGAACAUAGAGGAGACCAGAACAUCACUACAGUACCUACAGCAGUUACACUGGAUGGACCACAUGACACGGGCUGUGUUUGUGGAGUUCUCUCUCUACAACACCAACACAGACCUUUUGGCCUUCUUCUCCUUCCUGUUUGAGUUCCCCGUCUCUGAGCACACUCAGUCCAGCCUCGACCUCUUGACCUUCCGCCUGCAGCCUAUCACAGGCCUCGACCUGCAGCUGCAGCUCACGAUCCUUCUGUUCUCCCUCGUGGUGUAUUUCUGUGUAUGUGCGGUCCUGGGCCUGAUGAGAGAGGGCUGGGUAUACCUCCUGUGCCCGUGGCGGUUGCUGGGCGCGUGCAGCCUGGCGCUGGCAGCGUGUGUGUGUGGCCUCCACAUCAGCCGAUGUGCCGCCGCCGGGCGCCUGUGGGCGUCGUACCUACGUCAACGAGACGGGUACACUGACUUCUACCCGCUGGCACGGCAGAGCCAAGCUUACACCAUGCUGUCCGCCAUGCUCCUGUUCAUACUGGUGUUGAAGGCGUCCCACCAGUUGCGUUUCCUGAGGGAGUGGGCAGUGUUUGGAAGGGCUCUGAGACGCUCUGUCUGGGAACUGAUAGGAACAGGUCUGGUCCUGCUGGUCCUGCUGCUGGCCUACUCACACACAGGACACCUGCUCUUCCACUCUGUGAUGGACGGAUAUGGCAGCGUGAGCUCCGCCUGCCUGUCGUUGCUUGGCGCCGGCGGGCGUGGCCUGUUGUCCUUGCGACCAUCGUCAACAACAACCGGCCCCUCUAGCUCCGCCUCCAGCCUGGUGUUCCACGCGAGCUUUGCCGUGCUGCGGCUGGCGUUGCUAUGGCUGGUGACCUCUGCGUUGUUAAGGAACUAUCGCCGGGCGCGGGCGGAGUUGUACCGCCCGGUGGUGGACCUACAGGACUAUGAGAUGGUGGAGCUGUUUCUACGGCGACUGAAGAUGUGGAUGGGCCUCAGCCGCACCAAGGAGUUUCGUCACAAGGUGCGUUUUGAGGGCAUGGAGCCCCCCCCCUCUCGCUCCUCCUCCACCAGUGACUGUCAGUCCCUGUGCCUGCCCCCUCUGGACGGCUCCGAGUCGCCCCCCAGCCCUGGCAGCCUGGACGGGACCUCUGAGGCCUCCUGGAGACCCACCUCUUCCAGCCCCUGUAGCCUGACAGAGCAGCUGGACCGGGUCACCGUGGCGACCGAGGAGCUGUACCGUACCGAGUGUGUCCUGGAGCAGUGGGACCCCCCUACGGAGAGAGAGACCCUGCCCCCCUCCAGCCUCUUCAACCACCCGGCCCACACCACCACCAUUCCCACACGCAAACGCAAGCCCCCGCCGCUCAAGAACAAGGUGCACCCCAACCCAGACAGGCAUGUGUCCGGACACCCCAAACCCUGA